AGCGUUCGGUCCGCUUCUUUUGCAUAAACCUUGUCCCGGCGCAUAGGGAACUGUGUGUUCCCAGGAGGACGCAGCAGCAGCAGCAGGGCUGGCACCUUCGAUCUGUCUGAUUGCCUUUAUUGUCUUUUGGAGAACGUUCACCUGCGGGCUGUGCCAUGUUGUGAUGCAACACAGUGACGCGUGCGUGUCCCUGUGCUGUGCUCAUCUUUUUCUCCACCACCAAACAUCUGUUUGGCAGAGGUUGGCUCAUCUGGCUGCAGGUGAUGUCACAUGUGGACAGGUAAAGAGGUCACACGCUAAGCAAUAGAGUGAUUGAAGCUGAAGGGGACAGUCAGUGGGAUGCUCGGCCAGUCUCCUCAUCUAAUUGGGGGCAUCUUGUGGAUCCAGAAUCCAAUGAGAGCUGUUCACUGCAACCUAAGCCAGAAUGGCCUCGACCACCAGAUGUGCCCAAAGAACAUGACGUCACAGCUGGAUGAAGAGGAGGAGUCUGUGGACACUGGGGCUGUGCUGUUGGACGACAACAGCCCGAGCUACCGGGACAUCAGUCCUCCGAUGUACCAGCGCCGCUCCCCGCCGCAGCGCUCGGUCUCCGAGUCUGAGCUGACACGGCCAGGCUUUGUGAAGCUGACCAAGCCAGUGGCUCUGUGGACACAGCAGGACGUGUGCAAAUGGCUGAAGAAACACUGUCCUAACCAGCACCAGAUCUACAGCGACUCCUUCAAACAACACGACAUCACAGGGCGGGCUCUGAUGAGAUUGACGGACCGAAAGCUGGAGAGAAUGGGCAUCAUGCAGGAAGCCCAGAGGCAGCACAUCCUGCAGCAGGUCCUGCAGCUGCGUGUCCGAGAGGAAGUCAGGACCCUUCAGCUUCUCACACAAGCCUCCCUGGAGUGCACUCCAUCCUCACCGUAGUCUGACAGAGUGGGACAGCCGGUCACAGAAACCACGCAGAUGCCACCUUCCACCCACAACACCAACGUCCACCUGGUACAUGAUUUCCCCGGACUUCUCCCUGGACUAAGCGCAGCUUUCCACCCGCACACCUUUGCUUUCUGCCUUCAAAGACUGAUCUGGAAAAUUACAUGACGACUUUUCCUCCACAGCCACUCCUGAAAAAAAGGCUCCCACAAGUUCUGACUCGCUGUUUCCUCGCAGUCCCGACAACUCACAGAUUCCUGGAGUCCGACCAAUAGUUUCCAUUACAAGACGUCCCAUCUCCAGUCAUUUUUGACCUUUGCAGCCAAACCUCCAUCAUACCUCUCACACUACAACUCUUCCACUCCUCUCCUACAUCCCUUUACUCCCGUUCCUUCUAGAACAAAGCCAAAAAAAAACCAGACAUUUACUGUGUACCCUCGAUCCAGAAUCAAAGGUUUUCUUAGCGACGGUGUCAUGAGAGCAUUUUAAAAACAAAGCGAUGCCAUUGCCAUGAGGUUGGACGAUACUUGGAACUCUCAAAGCAACUCCUACAGUAAAGAGUGACACCUGCAGUGUAACCCACAGUCUUGUGGUCUGUAAGUGGCAUGUUAGCUCCAUCUUUGUGGCACACGUGUAAACACUCCCACGUCUGGUUCUGCCACAUCUUCAGAUGUCUGCUACUCCUCUUCCUUCUUAUACUUUCUCAUAAUCUCAUCACAGAACCAGAGGAGGAUGACACGACGAUGAGUAUCUUUCAGUGCUUUUUCUCUCUCGCUCUCCUGUAAAAGUUCCCUUUCCAUAUUGUGGAUCACUGUCUUUAGUGUAGACUUUAGAGCCUGAGAGAACAUUACACUGUAAAAAACACUUAGUAGGGGAGUAACCACUGAACCUGGCAUUGCAUUAGUAACAGUUAAGUUGUGAGAAGCAAUCUGAGGCGGUGAAGCAGAACCCAUGGAGGGUUAGUACGUGAGAAUGGAAAUUCCCUCAGUGUCCCUGAAAUGUCUGUGCUUGUAGGUUAACGGAUUUGGGAAACCAAAAGUGGAACGGCUGAAAAAUGACGCAAGGUGCAGGAGGAGCAACAGCCUCUUCCCAGAGAUGUCAAUGAUUUGAAAUUCCUCAGCACUGAUGAGGAGAGGAAAAAGAAGAAAUGAUAUCACAGAUAACAAAAGAGGAGCGUUUUUCAUUUCCUCCCCUCUGUGUCUCUUUAUUGCUUUCUCUGCCCUCCAUGUUUCUGCUUGAAGACUAUUUUGAGAUAUAUUGAAAAUUGUGUAGAGAGACGUGCCGUGCGCAGACGCUCGUCGUGAAAAUGUUGUGUGUGUGUACGAAGAUACACUGUGUCCUAUUUAUCUCCCGUGAGAGAGUCAGAUCUCUGCUGUCAAUGUGAAUUAAUGGCCACUCACUGUUUAUGUAAUAGGUAUUUGAAAUGCACUUCAAAGCACACGUGUCCGUCCUGAAACUAAACAGCUGUUCCUCAGA